AAAAGAAUGGAUGAGAGAAGUGAUACUGAUAAACUGGAAGAAGUCAUGCUUCCUGGGUUCAGGUUUCAUCCAACAGAUGAAGAGCUUGUUGGGUUUUAUCUGAAAAGAAAGAUUCAACAGCGGCCUCUCUCAAUAGAGUUGAUUAAGCAACUAGACAUCUAUAAAUAUGAUCCAUGGGAUCUUCCAAAGCUGGCAACCACUGGAGAGAAAGAGUGGUAUUUCUACUGUCCUAGGGACAGAAAAUACAGAAAUAGUGCAAGGCCUAACCGAGUAACUGGAGCAGGAUUUUGGAAGGCCACUGGAACUGACCGCCCCAUCUAUUCCUCAGACAGCACCAAGUGCAUUGGCUUGAAGAAAUCUCUUGUUUUCUACAAAGGUAGAGCAGCCAAAGGGGUCAAAACUGACUGGAUGAUGCAUGAGUUUAGGUUACCCUCUCUUACUGACUCUGUACCACCAAAGAGAUUCCUGGACAAAAGCCUUCUUGCCAAUGACUCAUGGGCGAUAUGCAGGAUAUUCAAGAAAACCAACUCCACAGCUCAAAGAGCUCUUUCUCAAUCGUGGGUUUCUCCAAUAUUACCUGAAACAUCAUCAGUAUCUGAUAUGCCUAGUAGAGGUACAAAAAGUUCCCAGCUUUCUUCAGAAAACAUACCCUUGACAGCAAAAACCAGUUCAUCAACAGUCCAGUUUAACCAUAACACUGACCUACUACAGACAUCUACUGUUGUAUUUUCUCCUUUAGACUUUGUCCCCUACAAACCCAUCACCCAAAUGGCUGCAGGGAAGCCUGCUCAACUUCCCAUGUCUAAUGGAGACCUAACUAGCCUUAGUUUUGCACCUCUUGAUCAAUACUCCUCAUCAACUGCAAAAUCCGCAGUUGAUGUUACGUCCAUGUUGCUAAACAUGUCAUCUUCCAUGUUCGGAGAUUACGGUAUGGCUUCCGAUAUUGCACAUUUUGGUGGUGGAUCACAAGAUAAUGGCUUCUCAGGGACAUUGCCCGAUGAGAUGCAAGGGAACAUGAUCAACAAUGGAGAUCCCGAAAAUUCCCUAUUUAAAAGUCUGAACGUGAGCCAUGUUGAUGAUCAAUGGGAAACCGUCCGAUCCAUUGGAUUUCCCUUCAGUUUGCCUUUGCCCAUGAAUAUGGAAGAUGCUUGGAAGCCAAGCAUGCCUUUGUAUUCCUCGUGUCCUAGUGACAUUUCAACAAGUUUUUCCUCCACCAAAUGUUAUACUUGA